AUGGCCGUCCCUUCAAGGCGACAGGCUCGCGCGGCGUCAAGGGCUAGCAGGACCACGGCCUCUAGCAUGGCUCGUAGUAGGAAUUCCACAACAGCUUCAAGCCGCUACUAUGCGUCAAGUCGUCAACACGAUCAGACUUCCAGCUACGUGUCUGGUUCCUACUACGACGACUCUCACUCGUCUUCAUCCGUCUACACAUACGACUCUGCCUACUCAGACGACAGGUCUUCAGAGUCUCACCACGACUCGGACAGUGACAAGAAGGAUGCCGAGGGAGACAACUGCGCCGUAUCGGGUAUUCCUCCUUCUACACUGCCUCCAUACAACUGCAUGCCAGUGCCCGAGAUCUCAGUCCGAUCUUCAGAUCCCGAGACGUUUGCGCAUCUCUUUCCGUCAAUGGACCGUCUGACCAUCCGACAUGACGAUCGAACCGCCGAUGGUAACAUGAACCUCCGCGUCGACGCCAUUGUGCCGGAUAACUCAUCCCGUCGCCGCCGUGCUGUUGCCAUCCAGCUCUUCCACCUGCGUAUGCAUGAUCUUGCCAAGCGAGAAUUCUCCCUGCGACGAUACUGCCGCGACUCUGGCCGCGAGGUUUGCAACUCCAAGGGUGCCAAUCCCCUCCUUGAGCGACCAGCAACCUCUUCCUCAUCCUCGCUCUCACGCUCCGUCACCAGUGCCCUGCGCUCGGUCAAGACCUCAUUCCGCCGAUCCAGCGGCGCCUCUGCUGAAAAGGCUGCCGCCAUGGCUACUACUCCCAACCCUCGUCGUCCUUCAAUCGGCAGCAACAACUCUUGGGGCUGCGGUGGUUCCAUCUACUCUGAGGAUGUGGCUGGUUCCGACUCGGACGAGCCCAAGCUCCCCUCGGCCCGACCCAUCCCGCUCAACACGCUCAAGCUGGAGUUCAGCAACUACGCCCGCGUGGACAUUGUGCGUCGCCCAGGCAAGCAGUACGACUUUCAGUGGUGGGGACACACCUACGCCUGGCGCCGUGUUAUGGACAAGGCGCUUGGAAAGGCCGCGUUCCAUCUGAUUCGCGACAAGGAGACGGAGCCUGUGGCGGUUAUUACGCCGGAAGGCCGGGCCCCAAACCAGGUCGAGGCUGACCAGGCUGCGGGCAACUGGAUUCCCCCGUGCUACAUGUGGAUCAACGACAGCUCUAUCAUUGAGGCUCUUACUGACGUAGCUGAUGUCAUCAUCGCUACCGGCCUCAUUGCUGUCGUUGACGACUCCAUUCUCAGCCGCUGGCCUCCGGCUAAGAAGGCUGGUACUUACACCCGUCCUGUUACCCCAGCUCGGCCUCACACUGCUCCUGGAGCGACUGCCACAACCACCACCACCGCUCCUUCUACCGCUGUUGUGAGCAAAAACAUCACUGUUUCGGUCCCGCAGCCCCGAACAAAGGCUCUUGUUCACGGCCUAUUGAACAAGGCCCAUGCGCUUGGCCCCCUGCGAAACCUCAGGGGACACACUGUCCUUGCUUAUUAA